UGGCGACAACCUCCUUUUGACUAAACGUACAUAGGAAACAUUAAACAGGUCGCGUUACAUAGCUACAUUCAGAAGCGAUUGUACCAGCGGUUUAGUAAUGUUGCUGGUUGUGUACACACACACAAUCAAAUAGCAUGAUUGUUUUUACGAUUGUGAUGUCGAAUGGACCAUGUUACUUUAAGGUUUAAAGUGGGAAUUUUAAACUACGAUAUUGUAACGCAGCAUAAAUAAAUCACAUAAUUGCUUUUGCAAGUAGUUCGUAUAGUAACUUUUUCAUCCGAGGUUAAAACAUAAAAUGUAGCACAUCUUCGACCAGUAAUCUGACCACAUUUUAAAAUAUUUUAAAGGUUCUUUUGGAGAAGGAGGUGUUGUGGCAGAACAUUUUGUUGAAUGGCUAAAGUACUACUGCCAGGCAUUCUAUUACGGACUUGUGGUUAAGCUUUUGCCACCUGCAACCGUUGCUUCAACAGCUUCAUAAUUCUUGUAGGAAUGGGGGUGUUCAGCUUUGCCCGAUACGAUGAUCACUUUUACGAGAGUGACUACUCAGUUCGACUAAAGAAGACAACAAAGCCAAAGCAAGGAGAUUAUUCUAUGUUCCAGAAUUACUAUACUCCCCCGAUCACCAGCACUCUCAUACUGCGUUCAUGCAAAACAGUGACUCAUGAGAUUGGACAUAAAUUUGGUGUUAAGCACUGCCAGUGGGUACAGUGUGUCAUGCAGGGCUCCAAUCACUUAGAGGAGUCUGAUCAUCGACCGCUCGAUCUCUGCCCAAUCUGUUUGAGGAAACUACAAUCUUCUAUUGGAUUCAAAAUAGCUGAUAGAUACAAGGCUUUACUCCACUGGAUUGAAGAUGGAGAUGAUAGCACUGGACAACACUUAGCAAAACUCACACAAGCCUUCCACAGACAUUGGUUGUAUGAGUGUCUAAAAAUAUUGGAAGAUGAAACUUUGUAGGACACCUGGACUUGAUGUUAUAGUUACGACACACUAUAAUUUAUGCACUUUUUUGUAAACUGCUGUUGUUAGGGACAUUGUUGAAUUUACAUUGCCCUAUCUCGUCACAUGCCCAUGACAGUAUUCAUGGGCCCUGUGACGCGUGUUCCAGGGUUCCAGUGUGUUCUCCCCUAAUGAUAAAAUAAAAAAUUACCCCCUAAUGAUGCAAAUACAAAUGACCUGCUAUAUCUGAGGAU